AUGAUUAAAUAAACCUUAAAAUAUGGUUAGAUAGUUAGAAUUCAUUUAAAUGAUAAGGAUGAAAAUGGUAUAAUAGUUGCUAAAGGGUAUUUACAUUCUAAUUUUUAUAGAUUUCUUGAUCCUAAUGCUUAUUAUAUGUAAAUUGACGAUCUUAGAAAAGCUAAUAAUUUUAGAGAUUCUCUAUUUACUAUACUUCCAAGAGGUACUUUUGAAUUGCAUGAUGAAUAUUUAAAAGAAAAAAAAAAUUAAACAGUAGAUGCCUUGAAAAGUAGAGUAUAAACAGAAGCCUCCCAAUAUUACACAAUAAUUUAAUCAAGAAUGCAUGAAGAAAUUUUAUUAGGAGCAGAAGUAGUAUUUAAACAUGUAGACUCUUAAAGAUAUUUAUUUGGUUCAUAUGAUUGUUCUGAAGUUGCUAUGGAUGCAUUUAAAUUGAAAUUGUCUCCCCAAUUAAGUUCACAUACUAUAUUUAAAUUGGCUGCAUAUUAAACUUAUUAAAAGGAAGGUUAAAUCAUAUAAAUAGAUGAGCCUUUAAUUAUUGUACAUGAAAAAACUCAAUGUAAAUUAGAUUAUGAAAGAUGUCGUAUAUUUUUGGAUCUUUAGAUGUUCGAUAAUAAAAUUAAUGGUAAAGCUUCUCAAACAGAAUCAUUCAAUAAAACUUUUAAGAAACCAAUUAAUACUAGAAAUGAAGCUGUAGUCUCCCUUAAUAGUGAUAGAUAAUGGAAAUUUUAAUUACAUGAAUAAAAUGGUAAGAUUGUUCCUAAUGAUCUAUGUUUCUUCAUUUUCUCAUAAGAUGGAUCAUAUUUAACAUCUGAUGGUCGAAGAUUAAUAUUAUAAGAAUAUAAAGAUACUGAAUAUAUUCCUCUUGAUUGUGUUUGGGAAUUAUAAUUAUAUGAAAAUAAAUAUGUCAUUAGAUCUCAACUUUCAGGUUCUGUUAUCGAUUCAAGUGCUUAACUUUCUUAAUAUGAAAUGUUAGAUAAUUAACAUUUAUAAAUAGAACCUGCUAAAUUAGGAAAUAAUGAAGUUUCAUUUAAUAUGUUUGUAAAAAUUAAAUUUGAUAACAAAGAGUUACAAAAAGCAAAUCUUUUAAGAUGUAAAACUAAAAAAUUAACAAUAACUCAAUCUGAAAUUGAAUAAUAUUAAAAAUAACUUGGUUAAGAAGAUGUAGAUUAUGUUUAAUAUAAUGUUGAUUUUUUAUAAAGAAAUUCUGUUCAUGGAUUUUAAAUUAAAAGACUUAAUGAUGAUUUAAAAAAAGAUCUACUUUUAAUCACAUCAUCUCAUGAAAUUCUUAAAUAAUUUAUAGAUUCAUUAUAAUUAGAAGAUAGCGUAUUAAUUGAAUCUAUUAUAAAUGAGAAAAUUUUAACUUAAGUUCUUAAAGUUAUUAAGAAAUUGAUUGCAUACUUAUUAAAUUGUGAAUAUAUAAAUAUUGAUAAAUGUGAAAAUUUACCUAUUCAUUCUAGAUAAUUAUUUAUGAAAGAUUUAAAAUUGGUUGAAAUUAUUAUAUAAAUAAUAUUCUACCUUUGGGAAAAACCUAAAACUAUGAGUUUAUUUUUAAAUAAGAAUUAUGAAAAAGAUAAACUUAGAUAAAUUUGUAUAUAUUCCUAUGUCUUAAUUGAAAAGAUGGCUAGAAACAAUUCAUCUGUUAAAUUAUAUAUAUCAUAAUGGCUAAAAUUUUUCUUAAUAUAAGCUAUUGAAAUAGAGGAUGAAAAAAUUCAAAUAUCAUUAGCAGAAUUAUUGAAUGAUAAUUAUUAUUCUAUUAACAAAUUUAUAGAAGAAGCAACAUUUAAAGGAUUAGUAAGCGCUAUUAGUAGUAAAAAAAAGGUACAUGAAAAACAUUUAAGAAUAUUUAGUUCUAUUAUUAUUUGUGAUGGAAAACCUAUAAUUAAGAAUUAAAUUGAAUUACUUAAUAAAUUUUUUAAGCCAUAAAGUUCUGAAAAAGACAAUUAUCUUUUUAAGUUCUUAUUUAAAUAAGAUGGUAAAAAAAUAAAAGUUCAAAAUUUAAAUAAAACAUGGUUGACUUUAAAGGAAUUCUAUGAUUAAAGUUAAAAAUAGGAUGAUUUAUAAACCUGGAAUUAUUUUUUAGCUUAUAUCAACUUAUUAUCAGAUAUUUGUUAAAAUAGAAAUUAAUAAGGAACAAAUUAUGUUAAUGAGUUUUACUAAUUAUCAGUUUUAUGUUCAAUAUUAGAAGAUCCUGAAACUGAAUAAGUUAAUGCUAUUGAUCCAUUUCUAAAGUUAAUACAUUCUGCAUUUAUUGAUUUUUCAUAAUUUGCUCCUAUUAGAAGAAUAGCUAGAGUUAGAGAAUGGGCUAUAAUUGAAUAAAAGAAAGAUAUAAUAAGAACUAAAACUCCAAUUAGUGAUGAUUAAAAAAGAGUUUUAUCCUUUAUCUCUCAUUAUAUUACUAAAAACUUCAACUAAAAAGAAAAAGAGAAAUAAUACUUUAAAACUUUGUAUACUGUCCUUUAUGUUUUGAAAACUACUAUACGUUUAGGAUAUUAGUAAAAAAUUGAUGAUUUAAAAAAUCUAUUGGAACCUUUAUUUAAUAUAAUUACAUUUAAAUAAAAUCAAUCAGAAUAAAAAGAUUAAUUAUAAGAUAGAAGCUUAUAGAAUAAAAUAUCAUAAAAUCAUGAUUAAUAAUCUCAUAAAAAGAGAUUUAUUGAAAUAAAUACAGAAAAUAUGAUUAUAUUAAAAUGUAAAUAAAUAUCUUGUGAAAUAUUGGAUAUAAUUAUUGAUAUGGAAACAAAUGUUAGAGUUAGUUUAAGUACAAUUAAAUUAAAAGAAAUAUUUGAAGAAGAAGAUAAAAAUAUUAAUAAUUUAAUUCUUAAAUCUACUAAAUAAUUAAAAGAAAGUGAAAUUUAAAAAUAAAUGAAAAAUAAAAUUAGAAGAUUAAGUGUGAUAGAAGUACAUAAAAAUAAAGUUGAAAUAUGGUAAAAUUUUUUUUCUAAUUUAAUAUAAAAUAGAGAUCUUUUUCUUAAGUUCUCUACAGAUAUUAUUUCUAAAUUUGCAGAAUUAUCUAAAUAUGAUAAUGAAAUACUAUAAACUUAUUCAAUAAAAUUAUUAAAGAGAAUUUAUGGAUAUAGAAGAGAAUUGAUUGAAAAUUUUGAUAAAACUAUUAUUGUAAAUAAAGGAUUUACACAUAAAUUAUCAGUAGAUAGCAGAAAAACCAGAACCAAAUUACUUCACUUUAAUGAUUUCAAUAUUCUAAAUCUUAAUCUGAAAAAUUAAAGUGAAUAUAAUUUUAAUUUAUGGGUUGAUAAGAAAAAUAUAAAAGAAGGAGGAGUUAUAUAAGAUUUAUGUUGGCUUAUUUAAUGUUUAAAAUAAGGAGAUGAAGUAUUAUAUGAGAAUGUGAAAGUCAAUUAUGAAGAAUUUUAUGCUGAAAAUAGAUUAUAAUAAGUGUAUACUGAAAAAGAAUAAAAUUUUAAAUUGCAUUAAAGUUUAAUUAAAUGUCAAGACUUACAUGAGAAUAUUUUGGCAUUUAUAAAUAUAGCUACUAAACUAGUAAAUGAAGUUUCUGACCAAUCAGAAAAUGAAAAUAAUAAAGUAAUCUAAAAAGAAUAAUAAAGUAAUUCUGAUGAUAAAUUGAUCAUGAAAACUUUGUAUGCAUGUUUCUAAUUCCUUACAAUGUUAUUAUGGAAUCAUCAUGAAAAUAAAUAAGAUUAAGAUUUUAUAAGAAUCAUUCCAAAUUUAUUUUAAUAUCUUAAAUAUAAUCUAUAUUGCAUUUAAUUUUUAAGAGAACUAUUUUAAAAUAAUAAAUCAUUAUUAUUCAAUGAAUCUAAAAUAACUUAAAUUAUUAAUGAAGUUGUUAAACAAUGUAAUACUUUAAACUUUAAUUAGUAUUAUAAAGCUUAAUUAAUAGAUUUUCUUAGAAUAUUAACUAUUUAUAAUAAUAAAUCCAUUAAAAUUAAUUAGAAUCUAAUAAUGGCUGCUUUGUAAAAUAGAAAUUAUGAAAAAAUCAUGAUAUUAUUUGAUAAUAAUGAUUCUUUAUUUGAUGAAAUCGAAAAAUUAAUUGCUGAUUAUCAAAUUUAAUAUUUUAAGGUAUUAAAACAAAGAAAUAAUAAGGAUGAAAUUAAAUAUAUUAAUUUAAAUCCAAAAUUGACAUAUCUUUUUAAUUAUUUUUAAUUAUUAGUAUUCCUAAUAUCAAAUAAUAAUGAAAUCAAUUUAGGAAAAUGUAAAUAAAUGCAUUAACAUUUAAAAUUAAUAACACUAUAUUAACGAACAGGUUAAUGUUGGCCUUUAAAGAGAUACUUAAGAGCAUAUAUAAAUAGAUUAUAUUAUGAAAAUAACAAAGAUUUUAUUGGAAUAUGUCAAAAUCUUAUUGAAAUUGAUUUAGAAAAUAUUUUGAAUGAUUUAAAAGAUAUUUAUGAAUUAAGAGAAUCAGGAUGUGAUUAUUAAAAAAUAAAAUUGAGUAAUCCAACAAGAUUCUCAUAUUUAUGUUCAUAUUUUUAUAUGACAUUGGAAGAAAACUUAGUAUCAUUAAAAUUUAUUUUUGAUGAAAAUUACUUUCUUAAUGAAUUAGAAGACACUUUGAUGUUAAAUUUAAAAAUAAGUGAACCAGUAUUAAAACAACAUUCAAUAUUAUUAGAAUUUGGUAAUAUUUUAUUAAAAAUUGAGCAUUUAUGGUCUGGAUCAGAACUAAUUACAAAUUUAAUUAAAGUACUUAUGUUUUAAUUUUACUACAUUUAUAGAACUUUUGAUUUACAUACAUUAAUAUUAAGAGAUGUAUUAUCUAAUCCAAAACCAUUUACAGAUGUAAUAUUAGAGACAACCUGGACACAUAAGAAGUAUUUAAAUGGCAAAGAAUAAUUUAUUUAAUAAGAAUAGAUGAAAUAAACUUAUUAAAUUAAAUAAUAAACAAUAUUAUCUCAAAAAUAUCAAGAAUUGUAAUAAAAAUGGUCUGAAAUAUAUAGUGAUCGAUUAGAAUCAAAUAAUAUAAAUUAUUAGGAUUAAUUGAAAGAUAUUUUAUUAAAUGAAGUUUAUGAUUUUUCCAAUAUAGAUAACUAGAUAAAAGUAUUAAAAUAAUAGAAUUCUUAAGAUAUAGAAUAUAAAAAGACAAAAUUAAAAAGAAAAUAUGAAGAAUAAACUAAAAUAAAUAUGAAAUUAAAUAAAAGAUAUAGAAAUUUAAUGGAGAUAUUUUUGACAAAUAAAACAAUUAAUGAAUAUUUGGAAGAAGAAUUUAUUUUAUUUUGUACUGGUUUAGAUUAAAUAAAACAUCCAGUUAAAUCAUCACUUUAACCUCCUAUUACUUUAAAGGAAUUUAUAUAAAAUAUUAUUCAUUUAAAUCUAAAUCAUUAUGACACUUUAAGUUAAGAUAUUUAAAUAUUCUUUCUUAAAGCAUUAGAAAAGAUUAUAAGAAAAAGUGAAUAUGAAAAUAAUCCAGAAUUAUAAAAUAAAAUGGUCAAAUAAUAAUAAAAUUUUUUAUUAGAAUGUGGUGCUGCUGAAUUGAUUUGUAAAUUUCUUAGAAUUCCUAAUCUUGAAUUAAGAUAAGCAUUAACAAAUUCAUUAAUUUCUUUUGGUAAUGCUUUCUUAGAAAGGGGUAAUAGAAAAUGUUAGAAUGAAAUUUAUAAAAAAUUAUUAAAAGAUUCUAAAAACAAUAUUUUAAUUAAUUAUAGAUAAUUAAUUAGAAGAGUGAGUAGAGCUGUUUAUAAUAAUUUUAAAUUUAGAAAAAACAAACCUUAAUAUAGUUUUCCAAAUAUUGAAUUAUGUGAUAAUUUUGAUUUUUAUGAUGAAAUUACUUAAACAACAACGAGAGUAAAUCAUAUGGAAAAUGAUGAUGUAAGAGAGGAUAAUAUAAAAGAAGAUUUUAUUAAUUUAUUAAAUAGAUCAUUUAGAUUUCUUUAAUUAUUGUGUGAAAAUAAUAAUGUAUAAAUGAAGAAUUUUAUAAGAUAAUAAAUAGAGCCAGAUCUUAAUCCAAAAAUAGGAUCUAUUAAUUUCAUAGAACUUGCAACAUCAUAAUUAAGAGUAUUUUGUAAAGCAUUUAAUUCAAAAAUUAGUGAAGUUCCAAUAUAUAUUUUGGAUUUUAUAUUAGAAGUAGUUUAAGUACCUUGUUUAGAAAAUUAAAUAACUUUAUGUAAGACAACAUUUUUUGAAGAUGUUUGUUAUUUGGUUUAAUAAUUAAGUGAUAAAUAAAAUUAAGAAUAAAGAGGAUUAUUAAUAGAACAAGAAUGUUAAGGUAUGUAAGCAUUAUUUAAUAUAUAUAAUAAAAUCAUUAUUAUUAUAAUGAGUGUUUUAGAAGGAAAUGAUGAAAGAAUAUAAGAAGAUUUGCGAAAGAAAAUUGAUCCAAAAUUUUUAAUUGAAAUAAUCAAAUAAUAUCUUUAAAAUCAUAAUCCAUAGAUAUAAAGUAAAGAAGAUAUGGAAAAAGCAUUAGAAGAAUAAUCAUUAUAAAAAUAUGAUCUAAAAUUGCCCAAAUAAAGUGAUUAAAAUAAAAAAAUUUAAAAGAAUAAUGAUAAUAUAGAAAAAAUACUUAAUGUUUUGAUAAUAAAAGAGAAAAUUAAAUUUUAGAAAUUUGAUUUAGAUGAAAAUAGUAAUUACAUUAAAGAAAUUAUGAAAUUUUUAGAAACUAAAAUUUUAAGAAUAGAAAUAAUUUAUGAAAAUAAACCUUAAACUAUUUUAUUUCCAUCUCGUCCAUUAUUUACAUUUUUAUCAGAUGAAACUAGAGAUAUCAUUAUGUAUAAUGUUAAUAGAGAGACUUAAAGAGAUAAAAUAAAUGGAUUGUUAGAAUAUAGAAAACAAAUAUAUAGAGAGCUUUAAUAUAAUUACGAAUUAAGUAAAAGAGAAUUCUUUCCUAUUACAUCAUAAAUUAUUUAAGUAUUAAGACAUCUUUCUGCUUUUUUCUCUAUUUCAGUAAAUAUAUUAAUGGUACUGUUUUAUAAUAUGGAGAUUAAUAAUUUUUAAGUUAUAUUAAAAGCAGAAUUUUAUGAAUAAUUAAUAAUUAAUGUACUUUCAUUUUGUUAAUUAUUUACAACAUUAAUUUAUUUUAUUUGUUAUCUCAAUUAUAGAAUACCUAUUUGUAUAGAUAGAUAUCGACCUAUAGGUUAAGAUUUAACUUCUGAUGAUUCAGAUAACGAAUUAAAUCAAGAAGAAUCAGAUGUUUCAGAUAAUGAAUAAAGUAAUGAGGUUUAAGAAUAAAUCAAAUAAUUUGAAUAGAAUUAAAAAAAGAAUGAAUCUAAAAUUUAAUAAUUUUCUCAUAUUUUAAGAUAUAUCUUAGAUUCUGUAAAAAAAAUUAGUUAAUAGAAUGAAGAUUUUAUAUAAAUAACAUUCUAUUUAGUGUUUUCAAUUCUUGGAACAUUUUAUAAAAGUUAUUUCUUUUCAUUACAUUUAUUUGAUUUAUUUAGUAGAUUAACUUUAUUGAAUAAUGUAUUUUAAGCAAUUUCUCAUAAUGCUAAAUAAUUAAUUGUUGUUUCAUUAUUGGGUGUUUUGUUUAUAUAUGUUUUUUCAUUUACAUCAUUUGAUUAAUAUGCAGAUGAUAUAUAUACUGAAAAAUAACCAGAAGAACAUUGUGAAACAUUAAUUUCAUGUAUGAUAACUCUAGUUACAAGUGGAGUUAUAGGAACAUCAAUGUCAAAAUGGGAUUUUGUUAAAUUUUGCUAUGAUACUUUGUAUUUUGUAUUUUUUGCAUUACUUUUUACAAAUAUAGUUUCUGGUAUUAUGAUUGAUACUUUUGCAGAAUUGAGAGAUCAAAGAUAAAAGAUUGAUGAUGAUAAAAAGAAUUGUUGUUUUAUUUGUGGUGUAAAGAGAGCACAUUUAGAAAAGAAUCUUGAAUAAUUCGAAUAACAUGUUAAAGAUAAACAUUUUUUAUGGAAUUAUAUCUAUUAUAUAUAUUGCUUAAAAUUAAAAGAAACUACUGAUUACACUGGUUUGGAAUAUGCAAUUAGUGAAAUGAUCAGAAAAGAUAAUAUAUCUUGGUAAUUAUAAUAUCAAAUUAUAGGUUCCCAAUUUAAUUUGAAUAAGAAGCUAAUUAAGAUAAAGAAAUAGAUGUAAGAAUAGCUUAACUUGAAGGAGAAAUGAGAGAGAAAGAUGAUAGAAUUGCUUAAUUGGAAUUAGAUGUCAAAAAUAAAUUAAAUAAUAUAAAUAAUAUACUGACAUAAUAACUAGAAAAAGAAAUACCUUCUAAACUAGAAAACUUAAAUUAUUUAAUUACAGAAAUGUAAUCAUCAAAAAGAAUUAAUUGA